AUGCGUUACUCUUUAGCCGCCUCCAGCCUUCUUGGCCUUGCCGCUGCCCUUCCUCAAAGAAUAAACAUUGACGCUGCCUUGGCUGUUCCUACGCCCUCGAUCCUGGGUCCCAACAUUGAGGCUACGAAGCCUGCGGAGACGACUUACAACCCCGUUGCUGCUGCUUCUGCUGUUGCCGCUGUCGUUGAGAGCGAGGGUGUUAUCGAGAAGCGUGAUAGUCUCACGGUGGGGAAGCGUGAUGCUUGUGAUACACAACCUCUUGGCAAUGGCCCUACUAUCUCACCUGACACUGCCGCGGCAUUCUCCUCGGCUGCUGAGUUGAGUGAGAUCGCUCAAAAUGCCGGAACUCCGUCUGGUUACCAGCAGUCUUUCGUAGACAAGAGCGGAAGCUCCCAGCAGAUCGGCUACUUGACCUACAAGACUUACCCGACUUACGACGUCCAGGGCUGCGCUGAUGCCUGCGACAGCGAGAAGUACUGCCUUGGCUUCAACAUCUACUUUGAACGCGACCCGUCGCUCGAGCCUGGACCUAAUUGCCCUAACCCCCCUUCCACCAACAACAUCAAGUGCUCUCUCUAUGGAUAUCCUGUCGCCGCCAAGGCGGCCACCAAUACGGGUCAGUGGCGUCAAGACUUCCAAGUCGUGAUCGCUGGUAGCAACGGCUAUUCGAAAACCAACAAAGGUCUGCCAAGCGUGAAGGACUUCAAGGCCCCGACAAGUCUACCAGCCGCCAUCAAUGCACCGCUUGACAAUGGUUAUGAUACCUACAAUGGCAUGCGCCUUUUCAACGAUAAUCCAUUCGACCCUUCGCUAUGUGCUGCUGCAUGCGAAGCCCAAACGGAAUACGAUAUGGCACAUCCCGACUCCGAUGGCACUUACAAGCCUUGCAACUUCUUCACCACCUAUAUCCUCACUCAGAACGGCGUCCCUCUUGGCACUUACUGCGCCUUCUACACACGCUCCUGGGACCCUAGCUACGCCGUCAACACUGGCUACUACGCUGGCGACGAUGAGUACAAGGUAAUCAACGCUGGCUCGUACGAAAUCACUAGU